AGUCGCAUGCGAAACGCCGCAACGUAAGAAUGGCAGCUAGCUAAAACGGCGAUGGAUCGUCUAUUCAAGGCGUUACUCUCCUUUAAGGAGGUAAAAAUCCGGACUGAUGACGAUUUUGCCGACCGGCUCAGUCGUCGAUACACAACUAUACUUCUAGUCUUCUUCACCUGCGUCAUCUCAACCCAACAACUCGUCGGAAAACCGAUUUCUUGCUGGUGUCCAGCACAUUUCACAGCUUCGCAUCGAGAUUAUGCGAAUACAAUUUGUUGGGUUUCGAAUAACUACUAUCAACCUAUAACUAAAAACAUACCAAGGCCAGCUGAACAGGCUCGGAUCAAACGGGUUAGCUAUUAUCAAUGGGUGCCCCUUGUUCUCCUUUUUCAAGCAGCAGUAUAUUUCAUUCCAUGCCUUCUUUGGCGCUUUCUCAAUAAACGAGCUGGCAUUGAUGUCGGCGCUAUGAUGGAUGCUGCAAAGGUUUGCCAACGAUCCAGUCAUACGGAUAUGAGAGAGAAGACGUUAAGAUAUAUUGUCAACCAGAUGGACAGGUAUCUGCUGAAGCAGCGAGACUUGAGAACAGGCUGCUGUGUAAGGAUGAAACAUGCAUUGGCAAACUAUUGUUGUUUCGUCGGAGGUAGAUUCUACGGGAAUUACUUAACCUUCAGCUAUCUUGUCGUCAAAUUCGUCUACCUUUUCAACGCUAUAGGCCAGUUAUUCCUCCUCGAUUUCUUCUUAGGCAUCAAUUAUCACUGGUACGGUAUUUUCGUACUCAAUAAACUCAUCCAGGGCGAAGAUUGGACGGUUAGCGAGCGUUUUCCUCGUGUUACUCUAUGCGAUUUCAAAAUCCGUAGUAAUAAUCGACUACACGAAUACAUUAUCCAAUGCGUACUGACCGUCAAUCUCUUCAACGAGAAGAUAUUUAUCUUCAUUUGGUUCUGGUUUGUCUUCGUGUCUAUAGCCACUUCUUUCAACUUUGCCCGCUGGGUUAUGCGCGCCCUUUAUUGGUCUAGUCAAAUUAGGUACGUAAAGAAGCAAUUAAGGUCGUUUGAAACGACCAAGAGACAAACGGCAGCUUUGACAAAAUUUACGCAAUUCUACCUUCGUCGAGACGGUAUGUUUAUCAUCAGGCUCAUUUCUCAGAAUGUAGAUGAUCUGGUGGCGGCAGAAGCCAUGUUGGGUUUAUGGGAAAACUAUACACCCGAACGGCGGAUGUUGGCAGAAAAAGCGGGUAGGGCUCCUAAAAUUCCAACAGCUCCAAGUGAACGGACGGCUACCGCCACUAGACAUGAUACAACAAGAAGGAAAGAAGUUGUUUAAUCAGAUUAGUAUAUAUAUAUAUAUAUAUAUAAAUAUAUAUACGUAAAUGCAUAUACAUAAAUAUAUAUACUAUAU